UGGAUUGUGGGAAGAACGGUCAUUUGAUGGUGGAAACAUUUCUCUCUCUCUCUCUCUCUCUCCCUCCUUCCCUCUCUUCUUCCAUAACUUGCAGGUUGAGAAAAGGGCUGUUGAGCUUUGGUGCUAUCAGACGGAUCCGAACCUGCUCACGCAAAUCGCAGAAAAGUGAGAACUUCUCUUCGUGGCUUCUUCGCGCUCAGUGUAAUUGGAAUACGCGAUCCUCAUUAGCUCAAUACCCCGCAUUUUUGUCUACUGAACCUUUUGAUAUUGGACCGCAGAGAUGGCAGAGGAGAGUCACAAGGUUAUUCUAAAUGUAUAUGACCUGAGCCAAGGAUUAGCUAGGCAAAUGUCCAUGGCUGUCUUGGGGAAAGCCAUCGAGGGCAUAUGGCACACGGGAUUGGUGGUUUAUGGUAAUGAGUACUAUUUUGGGGGAGGCAUAAAACAUGCUCCUGCUGGGUCAACGGCAUAUGGGACACCAAUAAAGGUGGUAGAUUUGGGUGUCACACAUGUGCCCAAGGAUGUCUUUGAGAUAUAUUUGCAGGGGAUCAGUCCCCGGUAUACUGUGGAAACCUAUCGUUUGCUUACUCACAAUUGCAACAACUUUAGCAAUGAGGUCGCUCAAUUUUUGGUGGGUGCAACCAUUCCGGACUAUAUUUUGCAGCUUCCUAAUGAAGUUAUGGGCAGUCCAAUGGGAGCUCCUAUUAUGCCCAUGAUACAGAAUCUGGAAGCAACGUUGAAAAGUGGUGCUGCUCCUCAAGCUCCACAAUUCCGGCCUGCUUCCGUGGUGCAACCAACAACUAAUGCUGCGAAACCCAUGAGUACUUCGAGCAAAGAGACUGGUGAUAAGUCGAAAUCUGGAGUGCAGCAGCUCACCAAGUCGGAAGAGCGGGGAGCAUCAGGGAGUGCGGUUAAACCUCCCAACAGAGUUGUAGAUCCUCUCGGGGAUGCUCGCAGUAAGGUGCAAGAGGAGAUCUCUGCUGAGUUUGCUGCAAUCAUGGCAAGUGGAACACUGCGUGCAAGCGAGGCUGCAGCCCUUGCAACGAGAAAAGUGAUGCAGAGAUAUGGUCAUGCAGGUUCCACGAUGUCACAGAGUUAAAGGGUUUGCGUUGUUUUGAGUACGUAGACCCCUCCGAUGGAUGACCGAUGGAUGAUCAAACGGUUUUGAUAUUUUUUAUUGAAUAAUUAUUGAUCUUGUAGCGUUCAUUCGUGGCUUUGUUGUUUCGAAAUCUUAAUGAUUACUUGUAGACAUAUACUUUGUCCUCAGAAGGGGAUCAUUUGGAUUUGGAGUAAUUUGGAAUUGAAUGGCCUUAGUUAACUGUUAUGUGC